AACACACGCAAAACAUGUCAGAGCUGAAUAUUAUUGUUAAACGUGUUUUUUUUCAGGGAGGAGAAUUUCUGUAGUCAAAUUAGGACGUAGCGGUGCCGUUAAACCAGGAGCCAGUAUGCGAUUAGUCACCAAAUCAGCAUCGCUCAAUCAUUUGCCUGGAUUAUCUCAGUAACUCCAGAGCCUCUAGCUACCUCUGCUAGAAACCCACACACACACACACACACACACACACACACACACACACACACACACACACACACACACACACACACACACACACACACACACACACACACACACACACACACACAGAGGCGCGCGCGGAUGCACACAAGCUUUUACCAAAUAUCCAGAUAAAGACGCGUCCUCUAAAGGAACAUGAUUCUCCUUCGUGUAUUUAAACUAACACGAAGCUAAACGCACAAGGCCUUCUUCAGGUGAGUGUGUGUGUGUGUGUGUGUGUGAGACAGAGAGAUGUUGCUGGCCUCGGCGGUGGUGGUGUGGGAAUGGCUGAACGAGCACGGCCGCUGGAGGCCCUACAGCCCGGCUGUGUCGCAUCAUAUCGAGGCGGUGAUCCGCGGAGAGACCCGCGGCGCAGGCAGCGUAGCGCUCGGCCAGGUCGACUCCAGACUGUCGCCCUACAUCAUCGACCUGCACUCCAUGCAUCAGUUCCGCCAAGACACAGGUACAUUACGACCAGUUCGGCGGAGCUUCUAUGACCCGCGCUCAGCUCCAGGGCAGGGCUGGGUGUGGGAGUGGGAGAACGACUCAGGCACAUGGACGCCGUAUGACACAGAAGUGGGAAUUGCCAUCCAGGCAGCACGGGAACGGCAGCAACCGUGGCUGGACCUAACUCCGCUCGGCUUCUGCUAUCUUAUCGAUCUGCAGGGCAUGACACAGAUCAACCGGCAGACACAGCGCCGGCGCCGCAUUCAAAGGCGCUGUGACUUGGCCUACCCUCUCGUCUCAGGCCCUCUGCCUAAACCUCAUGCUUGGACAUCCAAUGGGAGUGCAGCACAUUCAGGGAUGAGUGUGUCUGGGAUUGGCAGAGGAAACGGAAGCGCAUACCCUAGUGGAGCCCUUCCUGCCUCAACGAUCACUUCUCUCGGUCAGCCUUGCUCAUGUCAGCAGUGCAUGUUGGUCCUAGGUGUCAAAACCAGCAGCAUGGCACAGACUCUGGGCCGGAAAUCCAUUCCUCUGCCAAGACCGAGGAGCCCAAAAACUGUCCAGAGGAGCCACUUAUACUCACUCACUCUGCCGCACAGGAAUUCCACAACAGCCGGAGGGUUCGCACACUCCCUGUCUGUGCUGGACUCGGCCACGGCCACUCUGUCCAUUUCCUCCCGUCCUCCUCCCCCUGCUGUUCCUCCACCUCCUCCACCUUCCUCUACUCCACAUGCUACCUCACCACCAAAUCAAACAUCCUCCAGUGCCCUCAUCUCAACAACUGCCACCUGUGCUCCAACCCCUUCAGCCCGAGUCCUGGGCCCUGUGUCCUCAGCAGCCUGUGCUGCCCCAGUGCCACCCCGUUCUAGCCUGGCAGGCCUCAGUCGUCCAGCACUGCAGAGGAUCGCCAUGGCGCAGUCACGGGCACUUAUCGCCUCUGGAGUCCCAACAGUCCCAGUGAAGAACCUAAAUGGUUCCAGUCCUGUUCACCCAGCGCUGGCUGGCAUUACCGGUAUCUUAAUGAGUGCUGCAGGACUUCCUGUCUGCUUGACCCGGCCACCCAAAUUGGUACUUCACCCCCCGCCCGUGAGCAAGAGUGACAUAAAGCCUGUGCCUGGCCUCGGCCACUGCUGCCGCAAAACCACCAAGAAACAAGCACGCAAAGGCAGAACUCCAGAGGAAGUCGUGAGAAGGUACCUGCAGAAGGUCCGCAAUCCUCCAGAGGAGGACUGCACUAUUUGUAUGGAGGCUCUGGGAGGCCCCUCAGGCUACAAAGGCCCUGGCGUGGGUGGCAUAUCCCGGGCAGAGUCGGUCGGCCGUCUGUCUCAGUGUGGGCACCAGUACCACCUGCAGUGCCUAGUGGCCAUGUACAACAAUGGCAACAAAGAUGGCAGCCUGCAGUGCCCCACCUGCAAGACCAUCUAUGGAGUAAAGACUGGCAACCAACCACCAGGAAAGAUGGAGUAUCACGUUAUCCCCCACUCACUGCCCGGACACCCAGACUGCAAAUCCAUCCGGAUUAUCUACAACAUACCCCCCGGCAUUCAGGGCCCUGAGCAUCCAAACCCUGGGAAGCCAUUCACAGCACGUGGCUUUCCCAGACACUGCUACCUCCCUGACAGUGAGAAAGGCCGCCUAGUGUUGAAGCUGUUACUGGUGGCAUGGGACCGCAGACUCAUCUUCUCUGUUGGAACCUCCAGCACGACUGGAGAGACCGACACGGUCAUUUGGAACGAAGUCCAUCACAAGACUGAGUUCGGCUCGAACUUGACGGGUCACGGCUACCCCGACUCAGGCCACCUGGACAACGUCCUGGAGGAACUGAGGGCACAAGGUAUCACUGAGGAAGACUGUCUGAGGGACUGAGAGAAUAAACGGGACAAGACAUUGUGCCAAGUUGCGAUCUAGAGAUCACAUUUCAGAAGCAGCUGGAACUUGACUUUUUUGCUGAUUAUUGAGAAUCCAGUGUUAAAGAAAAUGGAGUGUACUAAGUCACAAACUCGUUCUUUUCUGUGAUAUUGUCCCUCCUGAUGAUGAUGGAAGCUUUGGAACCAGAUUGUAGCCCACUUCUGUUUCAGAACUAGUAUAACAGACCUGAUGGAAAAUGGGUACAAACUUAUUUACUAUUGCUGGUGUCUGUUCAACACUUUCUCGUAUUGUAGUUCUGUGAAGGUUCUCCACGCUGAGGUACUUCUGUGCAUGUAAGUAUAACAUUUGGUAGAAUGAGUCCUUCUUUUGUAUGGCGGAGGCCCUCGAUUUUUUUUUUUUUUUUUUUUUUGUUUUUUUUUUUUUUUGCUACGAAGCGCCGGUGGCAGUUUCAGAUGGAAUGUGAAUGUUUACUGCCCUCUAGUGGCACUUGAUUAUACAUUCCAUCCAUAAUCAUGGUACAGUCACUCGAUUUUUUUCAUGGGUUUUCGUUUUUACUUUAAUUGACACUACAUUAAUGAAUCUUUUAUACUCAUUUGAAUUCUGUUGUACCUUAUUUUAUGUUAUAGAUAUAUAGUUCAUAAAUUAGAUGCCAGUAAUUUAGUCUGAUUUUGUAUUAUAAAGCUAUUAAGCCUGUCAAAGGGCUGUUGAACCUGUCCUUGGACAUUAAACUCAACUCACUUCAAGUAUUAAUCAGUAUUAAAGCCAGCGAUCAGUGUCGAAAUUGGGGACGAUGAAAAACACAUGAAUCCAGCCAGUUUCCUCCUAACCCUUUAAUUCCCAAAGCCACAUGGAAAGCAUGAGUUUAUGAAAAUGAAGUUUUAUUGUGAUUAGACAUGCAACCGGAGAUUAAAUGUACAACAUCUGGACCAAUGCUAAAUCUAACCAUAUUUCGGAUAAACGUGAUCCACAACAUGUCAGACUCGUGCAGAGGUCUGACAUAAUGUCAUGUAACUCAAGACACCAUAUUGGUCAUUGGGGAGCGGUGUUAACUACCAGCUUGGAGAACGUUUGCUUGCUUUGGAACAUCUGGUCCUACUUUGUGGGUAGAUUUGUGCUGUGGUCUCCAGUUACGUUUCUAGUCAGUCAUUGGUAGGUCCAUGAUGGACACGUUUACAAAAAAAAAAAAAAAAGGUAUUGUUGUCAAGACAUUUGAGCAUGUGUGUACAUGCAAAUAUAAGCUUACAUUUAUAGUUGAAGUAUUAUUGUGUGCUGUAUGUGUUUAUGUACACGUUCUGACUCAGUACCAUCUUUUUGCAUCACCUGUUGCAGUCACUCAUAAGGCAAGCACUUAUAACUCUUCUUUUUUUUUUAAUUAUUAUUAUUAUUUUUAUUUGUUAUACAUUUUGAUUUUUAGUAAUGUCUUAUAAGCUGUAUUUUUUAAUUUUUUUUGUACUGUGAAGACUUACUCAUUGAUUGCACUUGUAUUUGUUCAUGAUAGUUGCUCUGGUUAUUGCAGUAAAAAUGUCAGCCAAGAGGAAGCUGCAAAGAAACGGUGAUGGAGCUAGAACUGUUGUUGCUCUAUAAUAUAAAACUGUACAGAAUAACAUGCAUAUUCAAUAGCUGCUGAAAUACUGAAUGAUUAUUAAAAAGAAGAUAUGUGUAGGGUUUGUUCAUCUCAAAUGCUUUGUGUUAUGUUAUUCUGGUUCACUUCAAACCACAUGAAUUCAUUUAUUUACAGGAUGAUGAGUUUCCUGUUUUUAAAAAAAAAACUCCGCUGUGACUGACUAGUUACAAACAUAACUUAGUUUUAUUAUUUUAAGCUUGGAGGACAGGGAAUUAAGUGUUGGUCUGAACUGCACAAUUAAAAGAAAAAUCCACUCUGAA